AUGCAUUCGAGUGCACAAUGCCGAGACUACCACCAUCCCUACGAGCCGUACGAGAUCCAGGUCCAAUUUAUGGACGAGUUAUAUGAUACUCUUGAGAAUGAGUUCAAGAUUGGGUUGUUUGAAAGUCCAACAGGUACAGGUAAAACGCUAUCUAUUAUUUGUUCUGCAAUGACAUGGCUACGAGAUUACAAGAGAAAUAGGCGAAUUGGAGCUGAAAUUAGUAAUGGCAAUGACGCGAGCAGUGAUGAUGAUGAACCUGAGUGGGUUCAAACCGCUUAUCGGCAAUCUGUUGUCGAUAAAACCAAAACCAGACUAAAAGAAUUUGAAGGUCAUUUGGACCAAGUUGAUGAAAACUUUAGAAACAAAAAGAGGAGCGAAAAUGAGUUGCCAUUGUAUAAGAAGCAUAGAAGAAAACACCAAGAAACAGAGGAUUUGGAUUCGUUCUUACCCGUGGAUUAUGAAAGUGACUCCUUUGUGAAAAACAAUGUCGAAUCAGGCAAUCUGAAACUCCGUCAUGAAAUUAGUAUGUUGAUGAAAAAGGCAUCUUCCAAUGAUGAGCUCAAACGAGAUUUUAGCAGCGAUUCUCCUAUAAAGAUAUACUUUUCUUCACGUACACAUUCCCAAUUGAACCAAUUCUCUAGCCAACUACAACUAACCAGCUUUGAUGCAUCAUUUGAAGAUGUCCAAGAAAGGACAAAAUAUAUACCCUUGGGAUCAAGAAAACAAUUGUGCAUUAAUGAAGAAGUAACCAGCAGUAAGAAACGAGAACAAAGCAUUAAUGAUGCGUGCAUUGAUUUGCAAAAGACCAAAAACGGUUGUCGUUACUUAAAUAACGGGUUAUCUAUUCAAGCACAAGAACUUGUCGAUCUAAGUUUGGCAAGAAUUAGAGAUAUUGAAGAACUAGGAGAGUUGGGAUCACAAUUGCAUAUUUGUCCAUAUUAUUCAGUUAGACCCGGAAUAAAACUGGCUGAAAUCAUUUCCCUUCCUUACCAGUUGCUAUUGCAAAGUGGAUCCAGAGAAUCUUGGAAUCUUCAAAUCACCGACUCCAUAGUCAUUAUUGAUGAAGCGCAUAAUAUCUUUGAUGCUUUGACAUCCUUGUACUCUGUGAAAAUCACAGUUGAGCAACUUUCGCGAGCAAUACAAGCUUUGAAAACCUACAUGAGUAAGUUUCUGAAAAGAUUGAAUAGCGGCAAUAGAAUCAACUUGAUGAAAUUGAUCAAAGUGUGUAAGCUCAUGAUUGAAUUUAUGCAAAAAAACCAAGUUUCUGCAAAAGCUGGUUGUGAAAUCAAAGUUGAAGAUAUAUUCAAAGACUCAACAGGCGAUUUGGUCAAUAUCCACAAAAUUGACCAGUAUUUAACAAGGUCAAAAAUCGCAUUUAAACUUGAAUCGUAUAUGGAGAAAAUUGAUAAUGAUAAUAGUAAUCCAUCAAGCCCCGUCUUGUUUGACAUUAUCCAGUUUUUGAAAAGCUUAACCAAUCCAGCUAAGGAAGGGAAAUUCUUUUGGGAUAAUAAGAAGGGAGAGCAAGGAGAAGAAGAAAAAGCAAUGUCAUUAAAUUAUAUGCUAUUAGAUCCAAGCACCGUAUUUAAAGAAAUUGUAGACCAAGCCAAAUGUGUUAUACUCUGUGGCGGAACAAUGGAACCAAUGACUGAUUUCACAGAUUAUCUUUUCCCAUUUGUACCAUCUAAUCAAAUCAAGAAAUUUUCAUGUGGACAUAUCAUUCCUGCGGAAAAUUUAAAAGUGAUUCCUGUUGACCUGUUCAAUGGAGGCAGUUUUGAAUUUCUGUAUGCUCAAAGACAGGAUGAACAGCAGAGAAAGAAUUUGGGUGAGUUUAUUAUAAAGAUUAGUGAGAUUGUACCAUUUGGUAUAGUUGUCUUUUUUAGCAGUUACAAAGUGCUAAACGAAAUGAUUCAAGUUUGGAAAAGCUCGACAAUCUACUCAAGACUCAGUCAAUUGAAACAAAUCUUUUUUGAAGAAUCGACAACUUCUUCUAAAGUAGAAGCAAUAAUGAGUCGAUACUCGCAUGUUAUAAACACGCAGCGGAAAGGUGCCAUAUUAUUGGCGGUUGUAGGUGGUAAAUUGUCCGAAGGGAUCAAUUUCUCUAACGAUUUGGCAAGAGCGGAAGAUCAAUCCGACACGCAAAAGAUUAUGCUAUGA